GGGGAGAAGCAUGUCACUGUGGGUUCUUCGCAGCUGCAUCAUUCCGUUCUCCCCUCUCUCUCUCAUCACCACGUAGGAGACCCUUCUCUGCUUUGUCCCACCCUGGUUUGAUGAGCUUUCCCCUUUCCACAAACAAAACGGGUGUUGGGAAGCCACACCCCACGCCACUGAUUCCCACUCCCCUUCGCCCGAUCUCUCUCCCCCCUCGCUCUAUAGCUCUCUUUUGGUCUCGCUAUUAUUCCGCCCAGAGCUUCUCAUGAGCCUACGGACGCUGCUGCUUUGAGCGCUGCACUUGCUCGUUGACACCGUCUGAUCGCUCAUCCUUGCCUUUUUCCGAACGCAGUAACAGCUGAUCUAUCCUUUGCAUGGUUUGCGCAGCAGCGUUAUAGGUGUGCGGAGUCGAGUCGAUGGAGUUUAGGAAUCCCGGUGAGAUGGGGAUACCUUCUUCCUCUUCUGGUUAUAACGCUUCUCUCGGCGUCAGAUCGGCCUUCUCUAAACCCACACUCUCCCCCUCUUCGUCUCUUGUCUCCCCAAGAGGAGCAGCAGUCGAUGGUGGUGGCGUUGGAGGCGGACCAAGAAAUGGUGACAUCCUUGGCAACACCAAACCAUCAAAUCUUGUGUCCAACCUCAUUGCCUUGGAUCAUCGUCCCGGGUCUCUGGGGAACAACGCAGAUCAAGCAUCCAUCUCCAAUUCGUCUCCGGGUGUAGCAGGUGUGGGUGUAUCGGUCAACUCCGAACCAGCAGCUAGCGCCACCACCACCGUGACCGCAGCUGAUAUCCCCACCAAGUACAAAGAAUGCCUUCGCAACCACGCGGCCGCCUUAGGCGGCCACGUCGUCGACGGCUGCGGCGAGUUCAUGCCGAAUGGCGACCCUGACACGCCCGAGGCACUCAAGUGUGCAGCCUGCGGCUGCCACCGUAGCUUCCACCGCAGAGAGACCGAGGGUGGCGCCAACGCCGUCAAUUCCUACUACCAUGGCACCACUCGCCCACCCCUGUUACUCCCGCCUCCCCAUCCCCAAGCGCAACUCCACCACCACCAGAAACACUUCCAGCUCGGCGGCUUCUCGUCGAGCCCUUCACCGGCCCUGCCGGGGUCGCCGGGCUUCGUCCAUUUCGGUGGCAACAACCCCAGCGGGAACGGAGGCACCACCACAGAGUCGUCCAGCGAGGAAAUGAUAGACACCGGGACGCCGACGCCCUCGGCCAUGCCAAAGAAGCGGUUUCGAACCAAAUUCACGGCGGAGCAGAAGGAGAAAAUGCUGGCUUUUGCUGAGAGGUGGAGGAUUCAGAGGCAAGAUGAUGCAGUGGUCGAGCAAUUCUGCUCGGAGAUUGGAGUGAGGAGACAGGUCCUCAAGGUCUGGAUGCACAACAAUAAGCACAUGAUUACUAGAAAGCAGCAGCUGUAGUCGGCACUUCAUCCACAGCGGUAGCCAAGACUAACCUU